UGCCCCGCGCCGCUCUGAGAAGGUGACUGGGGGAGAAAAUGGCCUCUGCCUAUCUGACCCACCAGCAGAAAGUGCUGCGGCUUUAUAAGAAAUCUCUGAGACACCUGGAGUCAUGGUGCAUCUUCAGAGAUAAGUACCGGUUCUACGCCUGCAUGAUGCGAGCUCGGUUCGAUGAUAAUAAGAAUGAGAAGGACAUGGUGAAGGCGACCAUGAUGCUGAAGGCCGGAGAGGAAGAGUUCUGGGACAAUCAGCAUCCUCAGCCGUACAUCUUCCCCGACUCUCCUGGAGGGACUUCCUACGAGAGAUACGAGUGCUACAAGGUCCCAGAGUGGGUGCUGGACCACUGGCACCCCUCUGAGAAGGCCAUGUACCCUGACUACUUCUCUAAGAGGGAGCAGUGGAAGAAACUGAGAGCACAGAGCUGGGACAAAGAGGUCGCCCAGCUCCAGGCCGAGACUCCAGCCGGAGGCCCCCUGACCGAGGCUCUCCCUCCUGCCCGCAAGGAGGGCGACCUCCCCCCUCUGUGGUGGCAGUACGUCACCCGCCCCAGGGAGCGCCCCACAUAAACACCCCCCCCCUUCACCAACCUCUCAACCACACAAAAAAAGCAGCACGAAGACCAGCUGACCUCUUAUUUAAUCACCAUCUGUGUGUAAAGAAUAUUUUAUGUGAAUCAUUUCUGAAGAGGUUCAUCUGUGACGGAGAAAACAACAGAGAUCCUUCAGUAGGCAGUUUUUGGUGGUGGCUGACUUUACGAAGUCUUUGUAGAUUUACCACUUAAUAACUUUAACUGUUCCAAUAAAGAAAUAUGUGAUGAAA